UCUCUGCCUCCACCUGGCGAUGGAUGGAGAGAAAGGAAGCUUCAGGAUCCACAGCUGUGCUCCGGUGUCUCCCUUCCUCUCUCUCUCUCUUUCUGUCUCCCCCACUCUCUCCCUCCCUCUCUCCCUCUCUCGCUCUCUCUCGCCAUGAAUGAAAGCCUCAUCCUCAGGUAUGCCUUCUAACCCUCAGCUGCGCUCCAGCGACCGUCAGCAUCCACAACAACUACAACCGACACCGGCAGAUUCUCCCCGUGAUUCCCGGGUGGAUGGAACAGACACGUUAUAUUCCAGCAGAGAAAUCCGCCUCGUAGAAUAAGUGCGAACUUCGGCGAUUGAGAAGAAGUGAUUUAAAGAAUAACAGCCUCAGCCAUGGCGACAAUAGGGGAAUUUGACCCGCUCAACUCCACCGUACCUGCGACCAAGAUUGAAGUCACCGUUUCUUGCAGAAACCUGUUAGACAUGGACACCUUCUCUAAGUCAGAUCCAGUGGUGGUGUUGUAUGUUCAAGGCCUAGGGACCAAGGAGUGGAGAGAGUUUGGCCGGACAGAAGUGAUCGAUAACACACUGAACCCCGACUUCGUGAGGAAGUUUGUCCUUGAUUUCUUCUUUGAAGAGAAGCAGAACCUUCGCUUUGAUGUGUACAAUGUGGAUACCAGAAGCUCAAACCUCUCCAAACAUAAGGACUUCCUGGGUCAGAUGUUCUGCACACUGGGAGAGAUCAUCGGCUCAACUGGCAGCAGACUGGAGAGGACGCUUUCUGGGAUUCCUGGGAAGAAAUGUGGAACAAUCAUCUUCACUGCUGAGGAGCUCAGUAACUGUCGGGACAUCGCCACCAUGCAGUUCUGUGCCAACAAGCUGGAUAAAAAGGAUUUCUUUGGCAAGUCUGACCCGUUCCUCGUCUUCUACCGAAGCAACGAGGAUGGGACGUUUACCAUCUGCCACAAGACUGAGGUGAUCAAGAACAAUCUGAACCCGGUUUGGCAGUCGUUUACCAUCCCAGUUCGAGCACUUUGUAAUGGAGACUAUGACAGGACGGUCAAGUGGACGUUUAUGACUGGGACAGAGACGGCAGUCGACUUCAUUGGAGAGUUCACCACCAGCUACAGAGAGCUGUCCAGAGGCCAAAGCCAGUUCAAUGUCUACGAGGUUUUGAAUCCCAAAAAGAAAGGCAAGAAGAAGAAAUACGUCAAUUCAGGGACGGUGACUCUGCUGUCUUUCAAAGUGGAGUCAGAAUGCACAUUUGUUGACUUCAUCAGAGGAGGGACACAACUCAAUUUCACUGUGGCCAUAGACUUCACAGCAUCCAAUGGUAACCCAUCACAGCCCACAUCCCUGCACUACAUGAGUCCAUACCAGAUGAAUGCGUAUGCCAUGGCCCUGAAAGCUGUCGGGGAGAUUGUCCAGGACUACGACAGCGACAAACUCUACCCGGCAUACGGCUUUGGAGCUAAACUUCCUCCAGACGGCAAGAUCUCCCACGCUUUCCCACUGAAUUCCAACACAGAAAACCCAAACUGUGUGGGGAUUGAAGGCGUGCUGGAGGCUUACUUCCAGAGCCUGCGGACUGUUCAGUUGUACGGACCGACCAACUUUGCACCUGUCAUCAACCAGGUGGCUCGGUGUGCUGCAGAAGUGACUGAUGGCUCUCAGUACUUUGUGCUGCUGAUGAUCACGGAUGGCGUCAUCUCAGACAUGGCUCAGACCAAAGAGGCCGUGGUCAAUGCAUCCUCUCUGCCCAUGUCCAUCAUCAUAGUGGGAGUCGGCCCCGCUGAGUUUGACGCGAUGGAGGAGCUGGAUGGAGACGAGGUCAGAGUUUCUUCCAGAGGACGCUUUGCUGAGAGAGACAUCGUCCAGUUUGUUCCUUUCCGUGAUUACAUUGACCGGUCAGGGAACCAGGUCCUGAGCAUGGCCCGGCUGGCAAAAGACGUCCUGGCAGAGAUCCCCGACCAGCUGCUAUCUUUCAUGAGGACCCGAGGGAUCGAACCUCGGCCCCCGCUGCCUGCCACCUCCGACUCCCCCUCCAUGUCCACCACCACCACCGCAACGACCACUUCUGCCCCCAAACAACGCAACACUCAUGCCUGAGAGGAAGGGAGGCGAGUGGAGAAGCACAACUGUCUAUUUGAGCAAAGGGAUGUGUGUGUUUGUGUCAGUGUGUGUGUGUGUGUGUGUGUGUGUGUGUGUGUGUGUUUUGCAUGGUUGAUGGGAACCAAAUAAACAGUAAACUGAACCUACAAGAAGAGAACUUGUUCCUGAUGUGAGGAUUCAUCUGCAAAACCGGGACUGAGAGUGCAGAAAAUACACGUUUUAUCUUUUUAAGUGUUUCUGGUUCUGACUCUUUUCCGGCACUAUACACGCUCUGCAGGUACGACACACAACUCUGCAAGGACACAGGCUGCAUUUAAAUCAAAGGCUUCAAAUGCUCAGCACACUUUUUUGUCAUCUAUUCUGGAUUUUUUUUUUUUUUCAGAGAACUUCUCCUGCAGAUUUCAAAGUCUGCAACUCUGUCCACCCCACUUCAGUUCCUGCUCACAGUGAUAAGAGAGUCUGCUGUAAUAGAGUAAUAAAUCCUGAAGUAGCCGGCCGAUUUGACUUCUAUCUGCUGUAAAGAAAGACAGCACUGAGACUGAUGUCCUUUACCUUGUUUGUUUCCACUCAGGGCAUUUUUAAGGCUCGACAAUAACGCAGAGGAGCAGGAAUUGAUGCUUGGCACCUGAGACAUGUAUGGCAUAUAUAUAACUGUAUGCUGAACAUGAAAGUCAAAUUGUAAAGGGGUGGAGGUCAUUCUACAUUUCAAGGUGACCAUUCAGAGAUGAAGCGAAACUAAUUCCACUAGGACGUGAGGAGCGACCACUACUGAGAGCCGGAAAUAUACAAGGCCUUGAAAAUCAGCUUGAGAUGGAGAACACCUUGAAAUAGUCUCCGCUCCGGCACCUCUUCUCUCUGCACCCGGUGUACAAUUUAAUGAAAAAGAAGGUGCGAGUCAUUUCAGCCCUGGCUGUAAAGCUGAACCUAACCCAGUCUGUGCGCUCUGCUCUCCCCCACUCUUCCUCUAAAUUGUAACUCUCUCAGCUGGGGCUGUCAUUUUAAAAUGAAUCAUGCAUGAGGAGGGGGCCUCUGGUUCUCAAGCUGUCUGGGCCAUGUACCUGUUUAAAAUGAAUAGAGCCGGUCAGUGCACAUUAUUCCACAGGCCAGAAUACUUCAUAUGUAGCAGAGUAUGUGUGUGAAUGGCUCACCAUUACUUUUGUUCCUUUUUCCGAGAAGGAAGACACCGAGAAAGAGAAGGGGAAAAAAAGGACAGUGUGGUUUAGUACAUGGUGCUGCAGCAGUGUUGGAUAUGUAUGCACAGUUGUUCAUGAAUGCUGACUUUUUUCCACACUUACGAUAUUUUCUGAUUGUCCUGCCUUUACUGUGUGCAUGACGGACUCGAGCAAAAGCAAGUAGGUGCUUGAAUAGAAUCAGUUCCGUAUAGUGGCCCUGAAGCGCUUGAUGCACUGCAGCUUGUGAAAACUCAUGCAAAUAGACAAAAGAAAAGCAAAAAGAAAAAAACUGUUUAUUAGUCACUCUAUCCGGGCAUAGCAUGUAGAAAAAAACGUGGGAUUAUGCAACCAAAAUGUUGUACAAACUCAACAGAAAUGACUUUUUUUUAUUAACGUUUUGAUUUUUCUAUCAUUCAGAUGUUUGGGGUCACUUAGAAAUGUCCUUUUUUUUUUUUAAAGAAAAGCUUUUUUUCAAUGAAGAUAACAUUAAAUGACUCAGAAAUACAGUCUAGACAUUGUUAAUGUGGUAAAUGACUAUUCUAGCUGGAAACAGCUGAUUUCUGAUGGAAUAUCUCCAUAGGGGUACAGAGGAACAUUUCCAGCAACCAUCACUCCUGUGUUCUAAUGCUACAUUGUGUUAGCUAAUGGUGUUGAAAGACUAAUUGAUGAUUAGAAAACCCUUGUGCAAUUAUGUUAGCACGUGAAUACAAGUGUGAGUUUUCAUGGAAAACAUGAAAUUGUCUGGGUGACUUCAAACUUUUGAACACUAGUGUAUAGAAAUAUUUUAUGCUGUUAUUUGAACUGGGAGGCAAGCAGUAAGCAAGAGGUUAACAGCAGAUAUCUGUAAUAAUAUCUGAAUAAUGUAAUCACUACGUUAAGCUUAAAAAUAUUAGCAUCUAUAACAAUUUCACACCACUGACAUACUGCCAACUUCUAUAUAGCAGUAACCAAAGUAAGUUUAAACUUUUUAAAGACUUCUGUUGUUUUGUACCUCAUCUAUCCUACAAAACAACUCAAAAUAUUGAGUGAACUAUUGAAUUUUGCUCAUUUCAAGAAAAAAAAUGCAAAUGGGUCACGUGAAAAUGACUUGAGGGUAGAUUCAGUCAAAGCAGACGUGUUUCUUUUUAAGCUGUAGCUGAAAAGUAGAGUCAACAAGGCUUACUAAGACAAAUAAAGAAGUUAGUUGAUAAGAUUAUUGUAUUUCACUUAUUGAAUUGUCCUGUAAAAAGAUGCUACUACUGCAAUGUGACAUGAUGAACCUUCUGUAUUUGAUUGUAUUCUCCCUUGUUGCAGCACAUUUUUGUAUUUGGUUGUAUUUUCUUGGCAUUGUCUUACUAAAUGCUACACAUAUUGUAAAACUGAUGAGUUUAAUUUGCUUUUCUUUUGAUUAUUUUCACACAUGUUCCUACGUUGUAGCGCGCUGAGCUUUCAGGGCCACCAUAGUUUACUACACCGCAACAGGUUGUGUCCUCUUUUUCUGGCAUACAGACACUGUGCCAUUGGGUCAAAGCUUUUAGUGUCUGACCUUUGACACUCAUUCUAGACUCAGCAAGCAACGUAAGAGGAAUGUUCAACCUGACCGGAUCGCAAAAACAGAAAGCCGGGGAGGUCCAUAAAGCCAAAAAUGACAAUAAUGAAUGGAUUCAUCUGGAUUAUUGAGCAUCUGUCGCAUUGUAUCAGGAAGGAAUUGGAUAUGUGGCCUUAUUUCUGUCAUAAUCCUACAAGUAUGUGCGAGGGAGGACUCUAUUUUUAUAUGACGACACAGGAAACCUGUGGCAUUUUGCAUGCUUUUUGGCUGAUAUGCUGCCAAUGAUUGUACUAUCUGUAUCUUUAUUCAUAUCUGAAAAAUGACUUCAGACAACAUUCCUACAUGUCUUGACUCGUGUACUGUGCAGGAACAUUCUUUCUAUUUCCGCUGUUGUUGUGUACAGUAUAGCUGAAGGAACUGCCAGCAUAAUAAUCCAGAACAUAUAGGACAUACAUGAAUGGUAGGCUAGAUUUGUAUGACAUUUUAAAACAUGCAUGCAUGUGUGAUCAGUAAAGUACACCAACCCAAAGUCAUAUAACCUAUUGUAUAUUUUUGUACGAAGCAUGCUGAGCUUUCCACACAGAGUGUACAGGAUGAGCUAAUCACACUGACAAACUAUAUACUGCCCAUCGUUUCUCCACAGUCUGCUGUGUUCUGUACAUGUAGGUCAAAUGUAAAUACGUUAGUGAUGUACAGAUUAUUUUGUGAGCUGUCUUCCUUCCCUUCAUUCUGUUCCUCUAUGAUACUCUAAAUGUGUUAUUUUUGUCUCUAUUUGUGUUGGUCAGAACUUAUUUAUAAGUUUGUCACUGUUUUUUUUGCUUAGAAACCAAAUAAAGAUGUUGUUUAAGGCUCAA